AUGUCUUUCAAUCAAGAGGGGCGUGAAUUGGAUGAAGAAAAUCCAUGCGAUGGCCUGAGACGUUCAAAGCGCAACAAAUACCAUUUAGAUGUAGCAGCUGUUAUUAAAAGUGGUGGCUGCUCCUCUUCUGGGCGCAACUAUUCCCCGCCAGCGAAGAGAAAAUGGGCCUCGCGUCGACCUGGGAUUCUACAAGCACCAAUUUUGAGAGAAGAAUCAGCAACACAACAACAGAAAGUUUCGCCCCGACGAAAUGACAAACGGAAACAACUGGAGAAAUCAGUGGCACUUGAAAAGGAGAAAAUAAUAAACAAGGAAUUAGAACAUCAAAAGUACGUAAACGCGGAUAAACAAAAUAGCCAAACUGAACAAUUAUCAAAUACAGAUGAUGAGGGAUCUUUAUUAAAACAAAAACCCGAAAUAAAAGCACAACAGGAUGUUGUGAGAAAUGACUCUACUUUAACAGAUGCUAUAAUUGAAGGUAUUGCAAUGUAUUUUGAGAUAUUUAAAUUUAACUUUGUGUUAGUAUAA